UUUAAUGCAGAGUUUUUAGUAAACGAACCAGCAGCGAGUUUUCUUUCUACCAGAUUCAAUUUAAUAUGGCGACUGAUUCAAUUCAGGAAAAGAAAACCACAAGCAUAUCCGACACGAACGUGUUUGGGAAACCCAUAACGGUGAAUGAAUAUGCGGACAGGGAGGCGAGAGCGAGCGCGGCGUACGCGCAGAUCGACGGCGACGACAAGCGGAAGCAGGUGAAAGAUUACGUGCAGAGCCUGAAAAAGUCUUUUGGGGACGGCGUUUCGGUCUUAGCCACCAUUUACAACGCCACCGGCGAGAACCUCUACUUCUCCACCUCCAAAGACUGGUACGGGAAGCUUUACACCGACGGCGGGUCGUCCUACCCGAAGAUCAUCCAGAACGGGCAGUGGGCGGGAUUCCUGCACAUCAAAAGCCCCUCUGUCCCUUCUGGCUCCGAAGCCGCCGUGGUUUACCGUGUCAAAGCGAAAGAGGGGGACGCCGGCGAGAACGCCGAUGUUGUGAUUGCUUGGGAUGAUUCUUGGGCUCCUGGUUCCAAUAACAAGGUGUACACAGAAAUUACGAAGACCGGAAGCUUAUCGGGUUGGGAUGAUAUAGGCAAGAAGAUCGGAUCAAAGUCAGCGGCGGAAAGCAGCUUUAACUUGGGCCUCUACUCAACUGUUAGCAUUUCACAGGACAGUUCUGCAAAUCUUGAGGCAAUCGUCACCGCUACUAAUUAAUCUAUACGAAGUCGGAGUAUAUGAUCAUCUAACAUCUGCCUGCAUGAAUUGAAUAAUACGCUGGCCGGCCAGUGCUUACAACUUAAUUGUUAGCUUGUUGUUGCAUUUUGGACUUAGCUUGUUGUUAGCUUGUUGUUUCAUUUUGGACUUGAGAAGAUACAACAAUAUAAUUUAGCAUGUGAAAUCUCUACACUUUUGAAUUCUAACUUCCAUGUAUGAAUAUAUGAGAGCCA